CCCCCAUUCACCAUUCACCGAGCCUCCCGCCGUCGCCUGCACCGAGCGCGCACCUGUUUGCGCAGCCCACGCAGGCGGCAAACCGCCCAAAACAGCCCCAGCUGCUGCACGGCUGCAUCCUGGAACUAUCCGAGUAACGGAGCUCGUGCCGGCGCCCACUGGGCCACACACCCACGCACCACCAAAACCAAGUACACGCACAUUUGUCUAUACUACCCCCCGGCUCCCCCGGCCACCCUCGUCACCCAGCUUCACUCCAGAAAUUACCUGGGACCUCCUUCAUCUUUUCUUUGUCUGAGAAAACCAAUCCUCUUCGUCUGCGCCAGCUGCCGUCGUCGUUGCUGCUGCUGUUGCUGCCAUCAUGGGCGGCACUCCGGCCUACAUCUUUGUCGUCAGACACGGCAAUCGCCUCGACGCCGCCGACAAGAAGUGGCAUCUCUCCUCUCCCACUCCCUACGACCCUCCUCUGACCUACGGCGGAUUCCUCCAGUCGCGACAGGUCGGCAACCAGAUCGCCAGCAUCCUCGAGCAGGCCAAGAUCGAAUAUGAAGCUUCUCGCAGCGGCACCAAAAAGCGGAGGCGCUUCAAGGUCGUCAUCCACAGCUCGCCCUUUCUCCGAUGCGUCCAGACCUCUGUUGGAAUCAGCUCCGGCCUCGCCCAGACUCCCCCUGAGUCGCCCCAUCAGCCCUCUGACGUCCUCGUUUCCGCGUCCAGCGCCACAUCAACGCCCGACCAGUUCAAGUCAGCCGUUCUGCGGCUAGACUCCUUCCUGGGAGAAUGGCUUUCGCCCGAAUACUUCGAAAUGAUAACCCCACCGCCUGGUGCUGCUCUCAUGAUGGGUAGCGCAAAGGCCGACCUGCUGAGACGGGAAGACUACAGCACCUUGACGACCACCUCUCCCUCGACCACCCACACCCAAGCGCACCGAUCCGCUUCUGGCUCCUUGUGGAAUGGCUCUCCCAGCGCAAGCCCUUCUAUCCGUGCGAUGCAAGCGCCUCCCUCCGUAUCAUCGGACAAGGACAGUUCCGGCUCAGCACCUGCCUCGGCCAUGGCCGCGGCGCUGUCUGGGCAGCUCACAGGGCAAGUCGGAGGACGAGUUGAUAAAAAGAAGGGCUAUGCUGCUCCUAUACCGGAAUACGCCAUCUCGGGCUCCCGCAAAAUCCCCGAGGGCUUCGUGGCACAUGCGCGCGACGAGUGCGUGGUUGUGGAUUAUCAAUGGGACUCGAUGAGGCCUCCCCUGGAUUUCGGAGAUGGUGGUCAAUUCGGCGAGGAAUGGACAUCGAUGCACAAGCGUUUUCGCAGGGGCCUAAAUAAAAUGGUGGAUUGGUAUUCCACCACUGAGGCUCCUUCGGAAAUGGUGACCAGGGGCAUGCAGAACGGCCAUGAUGAUCAUUCCGCAUCUGCAGACGACGAAGAGGUAGAAAAUGUGGUCAUCAUCGUGUCGCACGGCGCAGGUUGCAAUGCCUUGAUUGGCGCCAUCACGCACCAGCCAGUUCUUAUGGAUGUUGGAAUCGCCUCAAUUACCAUGGCCAUUCGGAAGUCGGAUGUCAAGUAUGACGAUCUACUUGCCGGCUCUCCAAUCGAGGAUACUGCAUCGGACCCCCAUGUCUCACCCCAUCUGUUAUAUGACAUUCGGCUAUCCGCGAGCACCGAUCACCUACGAUCAACAUCCUCCACCCCAGUGUCCGCUCGAUCAACUUCUACGGAUGCCUUCCCAGCACCUGCAAGCAGUCGUGGUCGCGCCCCAAGCAUCGGCAAUACUACUGGCGCCGUCAUCGGUUCAUUCGUGUACACAUCAGAGCCCCUGUUAUGUAACGGAAGCCGCAGUACGUCUGCGAGUGCGGCUCUAGGGACGUCAAUACGCCGAAACUCGGGUUCUCAACGCCCUUCACCGCGGUCGGCCUUACUUGGAACGGGCGGGGCCGGGCCGAGGAGUAUUUCACCCGGAAUAAACAGCCCCUCCUUUGGGUUAUGGGCACCUGCGCCGUCUUCUCUAAGACUGAUGGAUGAUGGCGGUGGUGAUGACGAUGAAGAGAGGGACGACUUUGAUUCUCUGUUGCCGGAUUUCGACCAGACCCGGUUCAAGACGGUGGGCCAGGAGAACAAGGGAAUCGUCCCGGUCUCCGCUUCGGCACCAGCCUUGAUGGAACCCGACCCCCCAGCCCCGGAAUUCCUCAUGUCCAAGUCGUUUCCAUUGUCCAUUUUGUCGACGGAGCUGCCGCCUCCUGCAGUUCCUACGUUCAGCAUGUUCUCAGUCUCAUCAACCAUGGGAGACUCGACCCCCAAGGGCAAACCAAGAGGGCCUGUUCUCUCUGCUCCCAUUAGGAUCAAGACCAAUGUGGAGUUUGACAAGUCCCCCCCCGAGCUCUCCAUGACACAGCUCGGAGACGGCCUGGGCGGGCUCUGGGGUCUCCCUAUGCCUCCUGGCGAGGCCGAGCGGCUCCGCGAUUUGAGCUUCUCUAAGAGACGAUGGACGACUACCGAGCGUGCGUAAUCUGAACCACAUUGCUCACGAUACAGCGAUCACGCUGGCGGGGGAUGAUCUAGGAUCCCCAAUCCAAUGGAGACAUUGGAACCAGAAACAUCCCUUCUCACCUUGUUACUUCUAGCGCGCGUUGCUUCACACUGGGUCGUAUUGUUUUAAUCCACGACAGACAGGUCUGUCCAUCUACUACUACUCAUGGCAUCGGCGAAAGGGGCAAGGGUCAUCAUUGAAACAGAAAAUUGGAAUGAAUAUGCGAAUAGUUGGGUCAAUACUCAUCAACACAGGGGGAAACGGUUACUGUAUGCUUUGGUGUUAUUUUGGGGGCGCAGCAAAGGGAAUGAAAUGAUAUCCUCCUGUACUUGAGACUUGAUACCCACUCCGGAUAGGAGAGUGGAAACGGGCAAAGAGAAAGGGGAAGGACCAAAGGAAGAUUGUCCAAUAUAUGU